UCCAGCGGUGUCGCACGUUGACGUCACAUUAGAGGACAAGAGCAAGCACACUGCAGCGGAAACACGAGUGAUGUAAUGUCGCCUGCCUGCUGACCACGGAUGGCUGUUUGUGCCAGGCUCUGCGGAGUGGGGCAGUCGCGGAGGUGCCGAAGGCGACCGCGGCAGAAUCAGCAAGAACAGGCGAGCGAUUCGGACAUGGACGAGGAGGAAGAGGAGCGCAUCGUGGGCCAGAGGCGCGGCGACGCCGGCUGCGGUAGAACGGAAAGCGGCGUCAACACUACAGGGCCGAGCCGGGCGCACCGCGGCGGGGGAGACGGCACGGUACACCCGCACCCGCAGGCCUUGUCGGAACUACCGCCGGAGCUUUUAGUGGAAAUCUUCUCCUUGCUUCCCGGACCCGCGCUACCCAACGUCGCCCUAGUCUGCAAGAAAUUUAGACAAAUCCUCAACACAGAAACCAUCUGGAGAAGGCGGUGCAUGGAAGAAUUCCACAUAAAGGAGGAUCUGAGAAAGACAGAAGUGGAUGGAGUUUCUAGCCGAGACCUCUAUGUGAAACUGCUUCAUCCAUACAGGCACAUUUUGGGGUUAUGGGAGCCUGACAUAGGCCCUUACGGGGGGUUACUUAAUGUUGUGGUUGAUGGGCUGUUCAUCAUCGGCUGGAUGUAUUUACCACCACACGACCCUCGUGUGGAGGAUCCCAUGAGAAAACGACCUCUCUUUCGUAUCCACAUGUGGGAGAGCAAGAAGGCCACUGUGGAGUGUAUGUAUGGACACAAAGGUCCCCACAAAGGAGACAUCCAGACUGUCAGGAAGGAUGAAUUCUCAACAAAAUGUAAUCAGACGGAUCAUCACCGCAUGCCAGGAGGCAGACAGGAAGAGUUCAGGACAUGGCUGGAGGACGAAUGGGGCCGGACACUAGAAGAAAUCUUCCAUGAGCAUAUGCAGGAGCUCAUCCUGAUGAAGUUCAUUUACACCAGCCAAUAUGACAACUGCCUAACAUACCGACGGAUCUACUUGCCUCCUCCAAUGCCCUCUGACUUGAUUCAACCAGGCCUCUUUAAAGGCACCUAUGGCAGUCACGGUUUGGAGAUUGUCAUGCUCAGCUUUCACAAGACCUCGGCAAGGGCCACCAAACUCACUGGAGACCCCAACGUUCCCGCCGGGCAACUGACUUUGGAUAUUGACCUGGAUCAGCCGCUUGUCCUUCCAGACUUGGAACAUCAGCGCAAUCUAGAGGAGCUGUCACGCCUCGUAAUGGGAGUGCAUGAACAAGUACAGAGGCAGGUGAGGGAAGGGACCUCUGAAGGCGCUUGUGGUGAUGCUGCCGCAGCAAACGUGGCAGAGGCCAAUCGUGGCGUCACUUGUGACGGCUGCCAGCCGGGUCCAAGUGCAGACACUGGUUUAUCUGAGAGCCGACCCUUCGUCCUGCCCCUAGGAGUCAUGGCUCGCAACGAAGUGUACCCACGCACUUGCAGAAAAUGCUUCUAUGGGACGGGUCUGAUUGCCGGGCAUGGCUUCACAAGUCCAGAGCGCACCCCGGGGCUAUUUGUGCUGUUCGAUCAAGAUCGUUUUGGCUUCAUCUGGCUGGAGUUGAAGUCUUUCAGUCUCUACAUUCGCCUGACGGACCACCUGCCCCACGCACAUGCGCCAAACUUGGAGCGAUUCGAGGCCAUGCUGCGCAACAUGCAGUCUUGGACGUCAUGAGGCCCCAAGCUUUAAAUCCCUUCCUGGCAAUACAAUAAAUCAUAAGAAUAAUAACAAUAAAAAUAACACUACACAGUACAUUAUACCUCGCUCUCAUCCCCACAGCGGUACAUUUUGGUUUGUGGCAUGAUCCUUUCCAGCCUCUCUUUUUCAAAUAUUUUGUUUCACUGUCUAAGGGCAGGUUUAUCACUUUGACCCAUCUCGAGUCAUGUUGCUCCAGUGCCGCAAAAAAAAAAAAAAAAAAAGGGGUCACGUGUGUUUAUAUAUAUAUUUAUUUAUUUAUUUAUUUACAUCCUCCAGGUGAAACAGAGGUACGAUAUUGCUUACCACUUAUGGCUCAAUCUUUAUGUGCCUCUGAUUCUCAAAUCAUGUCUGUACUUAGUAGUGUUUGAAGAAAUAAUGGCGUAAAACGCAUUUCCAUUCAGUGCCCGUUAUGUUUUGUUCUACGACAUGCUGCAUUUUAUUUGGCUUUGCAGCAAACUAUUUUUAGGAACAAGUAUGCCUUUCAAUUUAGUUUUUGAAUGACAUGAUAUUAAAUAUACAGCUUCUCAGGUAUUUUUUGUCAUGAAAUUGUGAAUCACAGGACGCCCCUUUCAUCUAUUUGUUGUCAGAGCUAGUUAGGUUAAAUCCGUUUUAAAGCUUGCCCAGUUGGAAUAAUGUGGCUCUCACAACAGGGCGUCUGCCAAACAGAUUGCAAAGGAAUUGCUCUCUUAUCAAACAGUGUAGCUCUGAUUAUUGUUUGAUUUGUGCUCUUUGAGCUUUAGUGAUAAUAUUUUUAGUGAAAUGCUUGGGCUCUUAAAAAUUAUUUAAGCACGCCUUACUUGAAAAUGUCAGUUGAAAACAUGUAUUGGAAAAGUAUAAUAUAAGCUAUACAUUCACUGGAUUCAUUCACUGUAUGAAAUUAUUAUUGGCAGAUUUUUCUUUUCUUGCAAGAUACAAAAUUGCAACAUCCGGUGUAUGUAUCAUCAUAUUUGUACUUUAAAUGUUUGCCUCACCUUGUUAUCCCAUCCCCAACUUUCCUUUUUUUAAAAAAUUUAUUUCACAACACCGUGUAGCUCAGGUGUGCCCAGAUCCGGUCUCCGAGAGGCCCUAUUCAGCCUAUUUUUGACGUAUCCCUACUCCAACACACCGAUUCAAGUGAUCAGGAUCGUCAUUAGGCUUUUGCAAACCUUGCUGAUGAGCUGAUCAUUUGAAUCAGGGGUGUUGGAGAAGGCAUAUACUUACAACAGGCCGGAUGGGGUCUCUGGAGUACAGGACUUAGGUACCCUGGUCUUACAGGACAUUGUAGAACCCAAAAUCAUUUACCAAGUAUUGUGUAUAUUAUAUGUAUGUCAUGUUAUGGCUUGAUGGCUUUGCCCAGUAGCUUUUCUUCUACAAGUGCACUUUUCUGGGCAGUAUAGUAACUCAUAUUUAAAGAAAGGGCACACUGGGCAGCGCAUUCGUAGUAGACUGCAGCUAUACUAACAUUUGCAAAAAUAAAAAUGAGCUUUUGUCUUGUUCAUCUGAACCUAAAUAUAUGGUUCAAUAAAUUUUCCUAUCUGCAAACCAUUUGUACCAGGCUAUUUAAUUGGUAUACCUUAGUGUUGCUUUGUACUCACCUGCGGGGCUCAUUUGGAGUCAUUUCCAACUCUUAAAUUGUACUAAUUAAACUGAGUCGUUUUCUUUAA